GGGAGGCUUCGUCUGGGAGCGAAGUUGAGUGAAGGCGCCGGGAACCGCACUGCCCGGAUUCAUGUGGCACCUCCAGGCUCGCAGCCCUCUUCUCUGCGGCGCCGGGGGGACUUUAAACCGCUCUCGGCUGCGAUAGAAAACCUCGCUCUGGGGGAGGGAAUGUGUUUGUAGACGCUAAGAGUUGAGUUGCGACCAUCAGACGGCCGGUCAUUAAGUACCUGCGGAUCUGCUGCAGGGGAGUUUUACCAGCAAGCGGGAUACUGCAGAGAACAAGAAGGAGCUCCGCAGAAGUGAACAAUGCUCAGACUAGAGACUCUCAUCUGCACUUUUUCCGUGCUGUCUGUGGCGGCGAGGGCGGAUUUCAAGGCGCGGAAUUGCAGCGAGGUGCGGGAAGCUUGUGUCGGCAGAGGCUUCAGCUUCGCACAUGUUCCUCUUCAGGAGAUCCCAGGUGAACAUCUCCGUGUAUGUCCUCAGGGAAACACAUGUUGCACCCAGGAAAUGGAGGACAAGUUUGGCCAACAGAGUAAACAGGACUUUGAGAAUCUUGUCGAUGAAACGAGCCAUGAGUUGAGAAGCACCUUUGUUUCCAGACAUAAAAGGUUUGAUGAAUUCUUCCUGGAGCUGCUGGAGAACACAGAGAGGUCCCUGAAUGAGAUGUUUGUGAGGACUUACGGGAAGCCUUACAUGCAGAACUCGGAGGUCUUCGAGAACCUGUUCGCCGAGCUGAAGCGCUAUUACACGGGAGGAAAUGUCAACCUGGAGGAAAUGCUUAAUGACUUUUGGUCGCGGCUGCUGGAGCGCAUGUUCACGCUGCUCAACUCCCAGUACGUCAUCACCGAGGACUAUCUGGAGUGCAUCAGCAAGUACACCGACCAGCUCAAGCCCUUUGGAGACGUGCCCAGGAAGCUGAAGGCUCAGGUUACCCGGGCAUUCAUUGCUGCACGCACAUUCGUCCAAGGGCUCUCUGUUGGCCGGGAGGUGGCUCAGAGAGUGUCUAAGGUGAGCAGCACUCCAGCAUGUAUCCGAGCGCAGACCAAGAUGCUGUACUGCCCCUUUUGUCAGGGCAUGCCGGCAGUUAAACCCUGUAAGAACUACUGCCUGAAUGUCAUGAAGGGCUGUCUGGCCAAUCAAGCUGAUCUGGACCCAGAGUGGAACCUGUACAUCGAUGCCAUGCUGCUGGUGGCACAGAGGCUGGAGGGACCUUUCAACAUCGAAUCCGUCAUGGAGCCUAUUGAUGUCAAGAUUUCAGAGGCCAUCAUGAAUAUGCAAGAUAACAGUGCCCAGGUCUCUUACAGGGUUUUUCAAGGCUGCGGCCAGCCAAAACCCGCAGAAAUGACUAGGUCUACCCGUGGUGUUUCGGAUGUGUUCAACGCUCGCUUCAGGCCGUACAGCCCAGAGGAGCGGCCCACCACUGCAGCUGGCACAAGCCUGGACAGACUGGUGGUUGACAUAAAAGAGAAACUGAAGCUGUCGAAGAAAUUCUGGUCCAACCUGCCUGAGGCGAUGUGCAUGGAGGACAGAGUGACCGCUGGAAAUGCCAGUGAUGAUGAGUGCUGGAAUGGACACAGUAAGGGCAGGUACUUCCCUGAAGUCCAGAAGGAUGGACUGACCAACCAGGUGAAUAACCCUGAGGUGGGCGUGGACAUCACCCGCCCAGACACCUUCAUCCGCCAGCAGAUCAUGGCUCUGAGGGUGAUGACGAACAAGUUGAAAAACGCCUACAACGGCAAUGACAUCUACUUUCAAGACUCAAGCGAUGAGGGCAGUGGCUCAGGCAGCGGCAGUGGCUGCACAGAGGUCUGCCCCACGGACAUGGACGGUGCCGCCACUGAAGCCCCAGUGGUGGAAGCCGACCGGAGUGGGCCUGUGGAUGACUCCGCCCCGCUCCGUGCACCCUCUGUAGCCCUGCCAGCCACGCUGGCCCUCGCAGCCCUGGCACUCCACCGACAAUGGAGAUAA